CUUCGACCCAUCAUUACACUCUUCUUUUGGGAGGGGCGCGUUCCUGUUGGCUUAUUUCCCCCGGUGGGCUCCCAAGCACUAGUUCCGAACAAUGGACGCCCCAGAGACCCGGGCACAAGCGACCCCGACCCCACGGGCUUCACGCGUCACCUACGCCUGUGAGGCGUGUAGGGCUGCCAAGGUCAAGUGCCAGCCCGGUCCCCAGUCAGGGAUAUGCAAGAGAUGUCUCGAAUCCAAACGGGAGUGCAUCUUCAAGACAGGCCCUCGGACCCGCCGGCCAAGGCAGCUCAACAAGAGACUCAAUAAUCAACCCGCGGCACCCAGCGGCUCUUCCACGGGCUCUGCUGUUGUUGCUCCUGCCGCCGCAGCCGCAGCCGCAGCCGCAGCCGCCAGAGCAGCAGCGGCAACCGCCGCGUAUCCGCCUCCUCCCGGCCCUUCCAAAACCUUUACCAUCGACAUCCCCAUGCCCGCCGAGGACGACAUCACCGACUCCCUCGAGGCCCUGCGCCUGGCCCACGACCAAGCCAUCGACCUGCUCGUGCCCCUCGGCUCCGCCGGCGAGGAGGAAGAGGGGGAGGGGGAGGAGGACGAGGACGAUGAGGACCGGGACCGGGACCAGGACCAGGACCAAGCGUCCGUUUCGGGCGCGGGCUCGGUGCUCUCGAACGCCUCGUCCCUCCCCGUCGGCGCGUCCGCGCUGUCCACGCCCCCGAGCAGUGUCGCGGGCCGGGGCCCGCAGCCGCCGACCGGUCUCGACGGUCAAGGCCGGGCCGUGCAGGGCGAGGCGGGGAGGGGGGCGAGGCCGAGGACGCUGGCGAGCCUGAGGCUGCAGCCGCGGUUCAACCUCGACUCGGCCGGGAAGCUGCUCGAGACGUUUCGUGAUCACAUGCUGAGUUACUUUCACUGUGUGGUGAUCGGGGAGGGCGAGACGGUGGCCGGCAUGGCCAGGGAGCGGCCGUUUGUGCUGCUGGCCGUGUUGGCGGCUGCGAGUGCUAGCCGCACUCUGCAAGGGCACAGUCUGUAUGAUGAGGAGUUUAGAAAGGUUCUCGGGUUGAAGUUCGUGGCGGGUGGUGAGAGGACGCUGGAACUGCUCCAGGGUCUGUUGAUCUACAACGGCUGGUACCCGUUCCACCUCCGGCCGAAGAACAAGCAGUCCAGACAGUACCUCCGGAUGGUCGUCGACAUUGUCAGCGACCUCGAACUCGACCAGGACCCCGGGAUUGACUUGAUGGACGUUCCGCCAACCCCUGAGCGACUCGACCAAAUUAGGCUAUACAUAGCAAGCUACUACAUGGUGUCGGUAUCUGCCUCGUCUUGGGGCAACGCUUCGUCCCUCACGUAUACCGACUACACGGAGCUCUGCUGCGACCUCCUCCACCGCCACAGCCCGCACCAGGGCGACCGCGUGCUGGCCUGGCAGGUGCGGCUCCAGCGCCUGGUCGAGGACACCAACGACCUCCGGCGCACCCACCGGGGCCGCUCCCAGAGCGAGUAUCAGAUUGGCCUCAUGAUCCGGGGCAUGGAGACGCAGCUGGCCGAGUGGGAGGCGCGCAUCGAGCCGGCCGUCGCCGCCAACGCGUCGAUCCGGCUCGCCGUCCUCUUCACGCGCGUCUUCUUGUCGGGCGCCCCGCUGCUCCACCUGUCCUGGGCCAGGGCGCGUCAGGCGGCGACGUCGGCCGACCCAUCGUUGUCGGCGACCGCCUCCUUCCGCCCCGACCCGCAGCGGCUGAUGGCCGUCAUCCCCUCUCUGCACGCGCUGUACGGCUUCUUCUUGACGCUCAGCAAGACCCAGAUCAACUCCCUCACCGGCGUCGAGUGGCGCAUCCUCAUCCUCUCCGUCAUCCUCGGCUUCCGCAUGUCCUUCCCGCUCGCGGCGUGUCCCGAGUGGGAUGACCGCGCGGCACGCGAGGCGGUCCGGUUCGGGGAGUACAUGGACCGGUUAUGUCGGAUGGGCGGCGGCGAGGACGCGAGCGAGAUUAGAAGCAGUUCUCUGGGCACGACGACGACGACGGCGGCGGCGGCGGCCGGGGAGGGGGGAGGGGCUGCCAGUGAACAGUCGGUAAGAAGCAUAGACGUACUCAGCGCUAGCAAGAUUGUGCUAGAGAUGGUCAAGUCCAAGUAUCGAGAGAGGGUUGCGAGGUUGGAAAGGAAGCAGCAGCAACAGCAACAGCAGCAGCAGCAGCAGCAGAAGGAAUUGGAGGCGAUGCUGGCUGCGGCAGCGCCGCACCCGAUGCCCGCCGGGGAAGGAAGAGGAGGAGGGGCGCUAGGCCAUGGUUCCGUCCCUACUGCGUGUCCUGUGAUGGAUGGCAGCUUGGACCCGUACUACCCGUACUGGGACGAGACGUUCAACAGCAAUCUGGCCGGCACCGGGCUCGGCAUGAUGCAAGCGCACGGAACGGGAACGGCUCAGUUGGAUGGCGGCGACGUUGCAUCGGCAGGUGACUUGUGGACGGCCAUGAUCAUGGGCUGGGCCCAAGGCGGGAUGGAUGUCGACACCUUGUAGGGGUUGGUGUGGCGUUUACAUCGCUAGAGUGUUGCUUCCUGUCUUUAUUACCUUCCUUCAUCCCUCUCUCCUCUGUUUGCCAAUUUCCCCUCUAUCUUUUGC